AUGCCCCCCCGACGAAAGGCUCCAACGAAGACCGCUCGGGCGAAAGCGCCGGCGCCUGCGGUCACAAAGCGCACCGCGGCCACACCUGCCGAUCCCGCGCCGUCAAAAACGCUCAAGCGCAAGUCACCCGACGCUCCACACACUCCCCCCAAGCAGGCGAAGGUGGCUAAGCCCUCCGCCGCGCGCAAGCGCGCCCAUCUGCGCCCCUUGUAUGACGAAACCUGGCGUGCCGUCUACUUGGCGGGCACGGAGUGGGACCAGCUGCAGCUGGUAUAUUCGAUUGACUGGGACUUUGACCAUCUAGACGAGGCCCUCACGGACGGCGAUCUCGAGGGGAAGAAGGUCUAUCUGUUUGGCGCCACGGAGCCGCAGCUGCUCAUGAGGGAUGAGAAGGAUACUAGGGGCGACGUCAUCCCAGUGCCGGUCAUUGUCGCCGUCGUAUCCGACGUCGCCCCACCUAGUACUGUUGGCGUGAAGAGUGUGCAGAGGGCGGAGGAGGAGAUCCUGCCCAUGAGCGAGAUGCGCAUGGGCUGGCAUGCCUUCGCGCCAGAAAACGUACAGCUUUCAAGACGCUUCAAGCCGAAUGUCCAUGUGCUCAAAUGUAAUGAAAGAAAGGCCAGGCUGAGGAACAUGCAAGAGGCGGCCGUGCACAAGUAUGACUACGUCUUGCCAUACUUUAUAAAGCCAGAGGAGGUGGAGGAUAUCACCGUUGAUACUGUCGUCCAGGUACUUGCCGAACUCGACGGGAGGAAAGCCCCCUUGAUGUGUGAGUAUGAUUACGAGCUCGAUGAGAUCGAUGAGUUUGUCGAGGAGACAGUGAAGGAGAACGGGCUGGAUGCGGACAAGCACUCGGCCCCGCUUAAGAAGGCUAUCAAGGUGGCGGAGAAGGCUACAAAGCUCAAAUAUAAGGCCGAGAGGGAGGCGCGUCGAAAACGGAUUGCGGAUAUUCCCCAGGAGUCGCGCGACGCCAUUAAGAAUAUGAAGCUGCUCAAAUUUUACCCGCAGAACGAGUGGCCAGAUGUGUCCAAGAUUAAGGCACCGUUUAUAAAUCGGUACUACGGCCGUGCAACGCAGGUUUUGUAG